CUUAAUGUUACAAACGCACAACAAACAAUUCAACAAUUGGAACCCCUCAAUGACAUUACAUCACCAGCGCCAUGGCGUCAAGACUGUGCUGAUUGCCAAGCCACCGUUUGAGCGCAUAGCUCCAGCCGACUGAACGGUUGUGGGUGGGUUGAGCGAUCUUCAAGCUUUCAACCUGAUAAGCAGCCCACCCGACCAAACCAGGUUGUGACGGACAUCUUUGUUAAACGACGAGGUCACAGCGAUCAGCAACACCCAGGCUAGACAGGGGAAUACUAAUAGUACACAUAUUGCAAUAUUUUGUGAGGUUUUGGAGUGUUAUAAUGAAAGGAUCAAGACUGGAAUAACAACCAUAUCAGCUGUUUAUGUUCUUUCUGCCGGUCAGGAUGAGGUCGCGGUCGAUUGGUUAUCUAAAGACUGCUCUUAUCUUAGUGGGCCUGGUUUCUGUGCUCCUGCCAUUGAGUCUAAUCCUCACCUCCAGGAUCCGCCCUGAUCCGUCGACUGACACGAUGCAACGGAUGUUUGUGGAGGCGACUCGACUUAAGAAACUGUUAUCAGUAGCAGAGACGGAUUCAAGGCAACAUGACAACCACAGGGCAAUUAGGUACCGUAAUCGAAGAGAAUUCUGUGCAGCCAACGGGAAUAAAAUUAUUACGCCGGAUAUAUUCCGGCAUAUCAUCGUCAACGACAAAUAUAAGAUUCUGUAUUGCUCAGUUCCAAAGGUUGCCUGCACAAACUGGAGGCGAGUCAUGUUGCUACUCACCGGGAAGAUGAACACAACGGAUCCAAUGAAGCUGAAAGCCUCCGACGUCCACGGUGCUUAUGAUGACUAUUUGACCUACCUGAGUGACCUAUCAAUUGAGGACAUUAAGUACCGACUGAAGAACUAUUACAAGUUUGUGUUCACUCGUGAACCCUUUGAAAGAAUAUUAUCAGCUUACAGGAACAAGUUUAAAGGGAAGAAUCCAUUCUUUCACAAACGUUAUGGAAAGAAUAUUGUCAGAAAGUAUCGAGCCAAUUCCUGGAACACGAAGCCUGACGGGAAGGAUGUGUCAUUUAGUGAAUAUGUUCAUUAUCUGACUGACUAUACACGACGAGAACCUCUUAAUGAACACUGGGAGAAGAUGACAGAGCUUUGUCACCCUUGCCUUAUAAAUUAUGACCUUGUAAGUUCUUAUGAUGACCUUGAGGCGGACUCGGUGCGACUUUUAGACAAGAUAGGAGCGUCAAAGCUAUUCCAGUUUCCGAAACGAUCUGCGUCCUACAAGCAUGCAGGGACCGAGGAACUUCUUCGUCAAUACUACAGCCAGAUACCCCCAGUCUUAUUGGACCAGCUUAUGGAGGUGUAUUAUCCAGACUUUCUCAUGUUCAGAUAUAAGGUUCCCAACAGUCUACGGAAUCUCACCCACUGGCAAGUGAAGCUAUGAGGUUCUAGAAUAUGUUCACAUCGGUGUGUUACAAACAGUUCCGUUCGUGGAGGUUUGCACUAAUUUUUGCCAUUCGUGGAGGUGGACAGCAAUCUUUGCCUUUCGUGGACGUGGACAGCAAUCUUUGCCAUUCGUGGAUAUGGACAGCAAUCUUUGCCAUUCGUGGAGGUGGACAGCAAUCUUUGCCAUUCGUGGAGGUGGGCAGCAAUAUUUGCCAUUCGUGGAGGUGGACAGCAAUCUUUGCCAUUCGUGGAAGUGGACAGCAAUCUUUGCCAUUCGUGGAGGUGGACAGCAAUAUCUGCCUUUCAAGGAGGGGUUUUGCAAUUUGUACUGUUCGUGAAGGUGUGUUAAAAUAUUUGCCUUCACAUGAGGUGUGUUACAAUGGUUACUGUAUGACAAUGGGCACCGUUCUUGGAGGUUUAUUAGAAUGAAUGCCGUUCGUGGAGGUGAAAUGCUUUCAGCACCAUUCUGUUUACUUGUAAUAUGAGGACCACCAUUCGCGGAGAUCUAAAACAGUUGGUGUUUUCGUGGAAGUUACAAAUGCUUUAGCUCAUGGGCGAGUUUUUCAGGGGGGUGUUAUUGACAUGUAUGCUUAGGUUUAAUCUGACCAGCAAUGGGUUGUACCGCAGUUCUGAAUGGAGAUAGUCAAACAGGUCGAAGUUAGUUUCUGGAAGUAAAAGACGGGGCCCUGUAUAUUCCUUCUUCAGUCAUUCUUUUGUGUUUGUAUCAAGCUAUUUAUGUAGGUCCUCUGAAACUGAUCGUUGUUUGACUAUGUGUUUUUAUCAAUAUCUCUCUUGACUUGACGUUUAUUCAAGAUUUAAUGCAAAGACCUACAUUUAAACUUUGUUUAUCAUACUAUGCAUGAUUUGCAUUCCAACAAAAUUCAAUUUCUGUCUUUACGCCAUUGAAGUGUAUUGUUACAAAAAUAAUAAAAGUGACCACUUUGA